AUGACCCUUACAACGAAAAGGUAUAAGCUAUCUUAUCCUUUGUUAGCUCAAGGAGUCAAGGUCGUGUAUACCACUGACGCAUUGGAGGCUGAGAAAUGGCUAAAAUACAAUGUUAUAGAUUGUCCUACACAAGUAUCGGCGGUUGGGUUUGAUAUUGAGUGGAAACCUCAGUUUGUUAGCAAAAAGUACGGAGGAACCGAAAACGAAACCGCCGUCGUUCAACUAGCCGUUGAGAACUCUUGUUUAGUUUUACACGUUUAUUACAUGGACAGGCUUCCGAAAUCGCUCAAGCUUGUACUCAGAGACAAAGACAUCCUUAAAGUUGGAAGCGACAUACAGAAAGACGGUUCAAAGCUCAAAAGAGAUCUAGGUUUGGUUCUAGAAGGAUUAGCAGACAUUCAGUUGAUGGCAAAGAAAAUCGAUCCCUCAAUGAGGAAGACAGGCUUGAAAGCACUCGCCCAAACAUUUCUGGGAAUUGAGCUUAACAAGAAGACAGCAAAGAGUAACUGGGAAAAGUAUCCUUUAACGUUUACACAGAUAGAAUACGCUGCUCUGGAUGCCUGGAUUGGAUUAAAAAUUUUCCAAGAAAUGAAACGCCACCCGAAAAACUAUGAAGAAAUCAAGUUCAUAAAUGAGGAAGGAAGGAAAUCACGAUUUUGGCUUUUUGUGAUGUUUAUAUUCUUUUCUUAUAUUUUAUUUUGUGUAAUCGUGAGGCCUAGGACAUAG